AUGCCCUUUUUUAAUAAAUGUUUUCAAAACGUCUUUGCAAAGGAUUCCAAACCUUUUUACUUUUCCAAAAAACUUGGAUCUCAACUGCCUGUCCAAGAAUCUAUAAUUCCAGAAGAGGCCGAAAGGUUUCUCAUUGCUGAAGGUGUUAGACGCUCCACAAUUGCCGGUGAGAAAAGACCGUGCAAAAGAGGUGAUGUUUUCAAAGUGUCCUUGCUGUUCCAGGGGUUGAGGACAAAAUUCAAAUCGUUCAACCCAAAGAUGUUCCAAUGGAUGAAAUGGUUGCAGCAAGUAAACGACACCGAUUUUAUACAAUCGUUUGUUUCGAAGCAACAUUCUGUGGUUAGAAUUGGUGAGUCUGCAUUUACAUCUGCUGAUAAAAAGUAUCUCAUCUACAGAGUUUCAAAGGAACACUUUGAAGAAAUUGAAAGUGAAGUUGCAAAUUCAACUACUCUCUGGGAAGAAGAUUUAGUUUUGCCUCCAUAUCUUCAUCUUUUUAGUAUGAAGGUCUAUGAUGAGGACAGGUACUAUACUAUAAGCCCUGUUCUUGACAACAAGGCUGAUAGGGAUGAUUUCAUUUCUACACGAAACACUUGCUAUACCAAUGAAGCUUUGUCUACUGCGCAUUGUUCCCGCACGUCGUGGCAACACAUAUACUGUAUUGAUCAAGAUAGUAUAAUGGGCACUAUCGGGAUUCCAAUGCUUGCCGAGGAGAGGGAGAAUCUACUCUUAAAGCUUUCACAACAAACAAAACAUCUUGUAGCUCAAAAGAAAACAAACUACAAGCUUGUUAUAGGAAUUGUCUUUAAUGAGAAAAUUCGACCAAAAAUCCAAGUUUGGUUUGACGCCCACCACCGAAUUUAUAAGGGAGAGGGCAGGAUUAAGACUCUCUUCAGGUUUGGCAAAGCAAAGGCCAGAACACCUGAAGAGUAUGCUUCAUGGUUGCUAGAAAGUUUAGAUCAACACAUUGAGGUUAUAGAGGGGGAACUACAUCCAGAAAACUUUGAAAUCACGACACCACCCCUAACAGGGGAGCCCACCGACCUCUGCUACCGUUUCCCAUAG